GUUCACCAUCACCCUCAGACACCAUGGCACAGCCCACACCACCAGAAGCCUCCCUGGGAGCUCUCAUCAUGACAUUCUACAAGCAAGCUGGCAGUGGAGAUGCCAAGACCCUCACCAGGAAAGAGCUAACCAACCUCAUCAAGGCAGAGCUGCCCAACAUCCCUGGGGUGAGUCAUUGCAACACCUAGGGCCAGUUUCCCGGACACAGAUUAAGCCUAUAGUCCUGGACUAAAGCUCUUUCAAUAAUGAACAUCCAUUGAGCAUGCUUUUUAAAAAAGUCUGCCCCCUUAUGAGAUAGCAAAUGUUAUUCUAAUGCUAUCUUUUAUUGUUAAAGAUGCAGCCCGGGAGCUUAAGAACUUAUAAAUACGUAACAUAUUGUACGACUUGGAAUUCAUAACAUAUCAUACAAUAAUUUUUUACUAGAGGUAGCAUAUCAUACGAAAUGGAUGACAUAGUAUACAAUUGUGCAACAUUUAUGGGGACCCAUUUUGGCUAGUGAGCACUACUUUCAAAACUACUGGCUGAAAUUAUACAAAGGCUCUGGAGCAUCACUGUAGCCCUUUCCUGCAGUCAAAUGGCUAGUGGCCUCAUGGGUGGAAUGUUAUUAAUAUUUUUCAUAAUUUCCUAAUUAAUAAAAUAUUUUGUUUUUUUACUGCUGAAAAUCUGGUGUUUCUAUGUCAAACAGUUUUGUUAUAUUUCAUGAUUUUGUUAUAUUUCAGACUUCUGUGAUGUAUAUAAAGUGUGUGAUGUAUAUAAAGUGUAAUAUUGGGAUGCAAACUCAAAAUUGAAUACAUAUCAACUCUAUAUCUGACAUGGUACAGGUGUCUUCUUCUUUUUAAGCUCAUAACCAUGUGUGUGAGGUGUAUACUUUGGUUUCAAAGUAGAUUUGUUUAAGACUACCAAGAAAGACUCUGUGUGACCAUGCUUUAGCCCAUUGCAGUAAAAGCUUUUAAGUGUGUCAUGAUUUUAAUAAAACAAUACACUUGAAAAAAAGAUUUAUUGAACUUUGACUGACUUGCUAUAUUGCAUGAGUCUGUCAUUCAGUGCGAAUUACAACAAAAUACAGAAAUCCUAAUGUUAUGUCUUCCUUGUGAUCCUAUAUUACAUUGACAUAAGCAGAAGGGUGGUCCUGAAGUGGGGGACCUGAUGACAAUGCUGGACCAGGACACUGACGGCUCUGUGGACUUCAAGGAGUACAUCACCCUGAUUGGAUCCCUUGCAUGUGCAACUGUGUUC